GAGGCUGGCGGAGCAGCAGCAGAGGGAGGCCAAGGCGGGGAGGCAGGCGGUGACCAGGUGGUCAUCGACCAGGCUUCCAUUGACAACGCGGCCUUUGACAGAGAGAUCAUCGCGCAGCAGGAGCGGAUCCGUGAGGAAGAAGUGCUGACCAAGCCGUAUGUGGGAGAUUUGGUUGCGGUCACCGAGCUGAGCUCAGAGUACGAGACGGCGUCCGAGACGCUCCGCCGCAAGCUUGAGCUGCUGCCGAGCAAGUUCCAGUGGAUGCGGACGACUCGGCCGGACGGCAACUGCUUCUAUCGCGGCUUUGCCUUUGGCCUUUGCGAGUGGCUCAUGACGCUGGCGGAGCCCGAGGACGUGACCCGCGUCGUCAGCGUCUUUGAAGCCUCCAAGGCCGAUCUCCUCGCCGCCGGCUUUGACGAGUUCAUCGACGACUUUUGGGCCAUGACCAUGGCUCCGCUCCGCGCCAUCAAGGGCGGCAACUACUCGCACGACGAUCUCCUGGCUUGCUUCCGUGAUCAGGAGCGGACCGAGUACAUCGUCCAGUUUAUGCGCUUCCUCGUCUCGCUCCACCUUGCCAAGAAUGCAGACUUCUUCCAGUUCUUCAUCGAGGGUUCGGGCCUGUCUGUCGACGAGUUCCGUCGCAUCGAGGUUGAGGCUGUCGGCCGCGACGCUGACCACGUCCAGAUCACUGCCCUCACCGCCUACCUCGACCUCGCUGUCCGCGUCGUCUAUCUCGACCAGUCCACCACCGCCGACGGCGCCGCCUCGGAAAUCGUCAUUCCUGAUGGCGGCCGCCCCGUCUGCACUCUCCUCUACCGCCCGGGCCACUACGACGUACUUUACGAGUAAACGCCUCAUUAUUCCCUCC